UCAGGACGACGUGUGCUGGUGGUCGUCCUCGAACCUUGCUUGACGACCCUUGACGGCUGACCCCAAGUCAACACUCAUCGGCACCAUGGGCGGCUUCUUCUCUUCUCUCUUCUCCAAGCUUCUUGGCGACAAAGAGAUGCGCAUCCUCAUUCUGGGCCUGGACGGCGCUGGCAAGACCACCAUCCUGUACCGCCUGCAAGUGGGCGAAGUUGUCAAAACUAUCCCAACCAUUGGAUUCAACGUCGAAACAGUUACAUACAAGAAUCUAAAGUUUCAAGUGUGGGAUCUUGGAGGCCAGACCAGCAUCAGACCGUACUGGCGAUGCUAUUACACAAACACCGACGCCGUCAUUUACGUUGUGGACAGUUGCGACCAGGACCGCAUGGGCAUCUCCCGCAAGGAGCUGGUGUCAAUGCUCGAGGAGGAGGAGCUGAAGAAGGCAGUGCUACUAGUCAUGGCCAAUAAACAGGACAUGCCGAAUGCCCUGUCCCCCUCCAAGGUCAGCGAGGCCCUUGGCUUGAGUGCCCUCAAGACACGUACCUGGAGCAUUUUCAAAACCUCUGCCAAAACGGGCGAAGGUCUUGACGACGCCAUGGAAUGGCUGGUCAAUGCCCUCCAGGGCAAGCACUGAGUGCCAACCCCAUUGUUUGGUGGCCUGCUGCCAUGUUUAGAUCCCACUCAUUUUUGUCCAGCUUAGCGUGCCAUGAGAGGCCUGCACAGGGGUCGCAAAGCAAGCCAACCCCUGUUCGCCAACUAGUCGUCCAGAAAGUGCUGACGAGUUGCUGUCUGUUCUGCAUCACUUUCCGGUGACACCAUCAUACCAAACUGCAUCUCUCCAUCGAGAUGUGAUGCUCUUAAAAAGCAUGUUGUGCGAAUGGGUGCUGUUUUCCCAACUCAAACGUUUGUGUCAUCUUACAUGACAAUGAGGUCGGUUUGUCGUGGCCCAUUUUUUUUUCUCACCCAUUCCCUUCAGCGCGGCCGUGUCUUGGUAAUCCUCCUCCAGUGUAUAGUCUUUUAAGCUUGUGCGUGGUGUGAUAUGUGCUUAUCCAUCCCACCUUGUGUCAUGUUCUCGGUUCCGUGGGGAUGGGUCGUCAAGCACACCAGAAGAAUUGAAUUUCAACACU